AUGGAUCCUGGCUGUGAACCCUUGUCACUCCCAUUUGCUUUCUUAUCAUCCAUAGAAAAUAUGGGCUCAACUUUGUGUCUCUUCAUGUUCAUGCGCUUUCUCCUUUUACUCUCAUCUUUUUAUCCAGUGGUGGCUGACUCUUCCUCUUUUAUGCAGCAGCCACUGUGCCAUGAUAGUGAGAGCUCUGCCUUGCUUCAGUUCAAGCAAAGCUUUUUGAUUGAUGGGCAUGCCUCUGGUGAUCCUUCUGCUUAUCCAAAAGUUGCAAUGUGGAAAUCCCAUGGAGAAGAAGGAAGUGAUUGCUGCUCUUGGGAUGGUGUUGAGUGUGACAGGGAGACUGGCCAUGUGAUCGGCCUUCACCUUGCCAGCAGUUGUCUCUAUGGUUCUAUCAACUCCAGCAACACCCUCUUCAGUCUUGUUCAUCUCCGGAGGCUUGACCUCUCUGAUAAUGAUUUCAAUUACUCUGAGAUCCCAUUUGGUGUUGGUCAGCUUUUAAGGCUUAGAAGUCUCAAUCUCUCUGAUUCUGCAUUCGCCGGCCAAAUCCCAUCGGAACUCUUAGCACUAUCCAAAUUGGUUUUCCUUGAUCUCUCGGGAAACCCAAUGUUGCAGCUUCAAAAGCCAAGCUUGAGAAAUCUGGUUCAGAACUUAGCCCACUUAAAGAAACUUCAGCUAAGCCAGGUGAACAUUUCUUCAACAAUACCUCAUGAGUUGGAAAAUUUAUCUUGUUUGACAACUCUCUUUCUCAGAGGAUGUGGAUUGCAUGGUGAAUUCCCAGUGAACAUUUUUCAGCUACCAAGCCUUAAGUUUCUUAGUGUGAGUCACAAUCCAGAUCUGAUUGGGUAUUUGCCUGAAUUUCAGGAAACCAGUCCGUUAAAAAUAUUGCGUCUUACUAAUACAAGUUUUUCUGGUGAGUUACCAACUUCAAUUGGGAGGCUUGGUUCUUUGACUGAGUUGGAUAUCAGGUUAUGCAAUUUCACUGGGUCGGUUCCAUCUCCACUUGGUCACCUUCCCCAGUUAUCCUAUUUAGACCUUCAAAAUAACUAUUUUAGUGGCCAAAUUCCUUCUUCCAUGGCAAAUCUUACCCAACUCACUUAUUUAGACCUUUCUUUCAAUAAUUUCACUCUUGGGACCCUUGCUUGGCUUGGUGAGCAAACAAAACUCACUGCUUUGUAUCUCCGCCAAAUAAAUUUAAUUGGAGAAAUCCCAUUCUCUCUUGUAAAUAUGAGUCAACUAACUACUCUGACUCUUGCAAGGAAUCAAUUGAGUGGUCAGAUCCCAUCUUGGCUCAUGAACCUCACCCAAUUAACUAUAUUAGAUCUUGGGACAAACAAUUUAGAAGGUGGAAUCCCAAGUUCAUUAUUUGAACUUGUAAAUCUUCAAUUUCUUUCUGUAGCAGACAAUUCCUUGAAUGGGACAGUGGAACUUAACAUGUUACUUAAGCUCAAAAACCUCACCAGUUUCCAAUUAUCAAACAACAGGUUAUCAUUGCUCGGUUACACCAGAACCAAUGUUACUCUCCCUAAAUUUAAGCUUUUAGGGUUGGAUUCAUGCAACUUAACUGAGUUUCCUGAUUUCCUGCAAAACCAAGAUGAAUUGGAGGUGCUCUCCCUCGCCAAUAAUAAAAUUCAUGGUCUAAUUCCAAAGUGGAUUUGGAACAUAAGCCAAGAAAACCUAGGGGCUCUUGACCUUUCUGGAAACCUUUUAACCGGCUUUGACCAACAUCCAGUUGUGCUUCCAUGGUCCAGGUUACGCAGUUUAAAACUUGAUUUUAACAUGUUGCAAGGACCACUUCCAAUUCCACCACCAUCAACCAGAGGAUAUUCAGUCUCUGGAAAUAAACUGACCGGAGAAAUUUCGCCACUUAUUUGCAAGAUGAGUUCUCUUAUGUUACUUGAUUUGUCUAGUAACAAUUUGAGUGGCAGGAUUCCCCAAUGUCUGGCCAACUUGAGCAAAUCUCUGUCCGUACUGGAUCUGGGAAGCAACAGCCUUGAUGGCCCCAUUCCUCAAACAUGCACAGUGCCAAACAAUUUGAGGGUGAUUGAUUUAGGUGAAAAUCAAUUCCAAGGCCAAAUACCAAGAUCAUUUGCCAAUUGCAUGAUGCUCGAGCACCUUGUUCUCGGAAACAAUCAAAUCGAUGAUAUUUUCCCUUUUUGGCUUGGAGCCCUCCCACAACUACAGGUUCUUAUUUUGAGAUCCAACAGAUUCCAUGGUGCAAUAGGGAGCUGGCACUCCAAUUUCAGGUUUCCCAAGUUGCGCAUCGUCGACCUCUCUGACAAUAAGUUUAUAGGUGAUUUGCCAUCAGAGUAUUUCCAAAAUUGGGAUGCCAUGAAACUUACAGAUAUUGCAAACGACCUUAGGUACAUGCAGGCACGCCCAGAGUUUCAAAUCCCAGGGUAUGGAUGGACUGCCCGGGUCCGUUACAUGUACUCAAUGACAAUGACAAAUAGAGGUAUGCAGAGGUUUUAUGAGAAGAUCCCUGAUAUUUUCAUAGCAAUUGAUUUCUCAGGCAACAAUUUCAAAGGACAAAUUCCAACCUCCGUUGGGAACCUCAAUGGGCUUCAUUUGCUGAACCUUGGCAGCAAUAAUCUUACUGGCCAUAUCCCAUCCUCCCUGGGGGACCUAACACAGCUGGAGUCAUUGGAUCUUUCCCAGAACCAGCUCUCAGGAGAGAUCCCUUUGCAACUAACAAGGCUAACAUUCCUUGCAUUCUUCAAUGUGUCUCAUAAUCAUCUGACGGGGCCUAUACCACAAGGAAAUCAAUUUACAACAUUUCCAAAUGCUUCCUUUGAUGGGAACCCGGGAUUGUGUGGAAGUCCUUUGUCAAGGGCAUGUGGAAGUUCCAAGGCAUCACCACCAACAUCUUCAUCCUCUAAACAGGGUUCAACUAGUGAAUUUGAUUGGAAAUUUGUAUUAAUGGGAUACGGAAGUGGGCUAGUAAUUGGAGUUUCAAUUGGGUACUACUUGACCUCAUGGAAACAUGAGUGGUUCAUGAAAACCUUUGGAAAGCGGCAAAGAAAAUGGACAAGGAAAGAAAGAAGGAGGCACAGAGGCUGAAUUUAUCCAACCCGAAUUUCCUUGAAAGAUUUCUUAAUCUAUGUAUACUGCUUGAAUUGUUGGACUUCUUUCUUCAUUUCUUUUUCCUUUCUAGUCAUGGUGUUACUUCAACUUGUGUUUGUGUUGGCGAAUGGAUGUAAAACUACUUGGGUUUCUUAAUAAUAUGUAGUGUAGCAAUGCAACUUGAUUAUGGCUUGUAUUGAACUGCAAACUGAAAGUGUUAUUCUUGUCACUUCUUUUA